UUUUAUUCAUUGUACAUUUUUUAAUUAAUUCACUAUUAUUAAUUUAAUAGUUAUGUAAGUUUUCUAUGAAUUUCAACUAAACCAUUCACACAAUGUUUUUAAACAAAAUGUGCCUUAGAGUAGUUCAUAAAGUGCUUACAAUUUCAAUAUAUUUAGUGUAUAUAAUUGGCAAUUCUUGUGAUACUUAUGCCGAUAAUAAUAUAACGAAUGAAACGAGUGGACAGUAUUUCACUGCUCAGGAACUCAUAUCCAGAAGUGAACCCAAAUUAGUGGACAUUUUUGUCGAUGGAGUCACUGGUGGUACAAAUAAUAGUGUUAUAAGAUUUAGGGAUAUAUUUGGGAUCGGAUUAAAAGAUAAUUUUACAAUAAACCAACGUGAAAAUUUUGAAAACAAGCAAGCUAAUGCACAAUUACCACAACAUGGCACUAAUAUAAGCCAUUCGUUAAAUCUAUGUAAUAAAUUGGGUGAACAAAGUGAGCCCAAAGCUAACUGUUUGCUCAGUCCUAUACUAACACCUACAGUGAAUGAUCAGAAAGUGCCUUUAUUUCCCGUAUACUUUCAUAUGGAUGAUAAAGAUAUUCAGGGACCCUAUCCCCUCCCACUGUCCAAUACCUCAUAUAUCGCAAUGAUGGUGAAGGUGUGUAGUAAACCUUAUGGUCAGCUAUUGAUAUAUGACGAGGAGUCCAAACAACAAUUAUUGAGUUUUAGUAACGAGGGUCACACCGAUAUGUGUAACUAUUACGAUGACCAAAGUAAUUAUGAGACCUUUGUGUCCGACUCUAAUAAAUUCUCAUUGACACCUCAACUCACAGAAAUCAAGUAUAACGACCCUUUCCAAUUAAAGGGUUUUUCUCUUGAUAUCUAUUACUUUGUGGUACAAUUCCGGAACAUCUCUGAGCGGGAACUGUAUGGGAAGUACGAUGAGGACCACCAUCAAGAGGUCGCUUACGUCCCAAACACUUCCAUCACAUAUAAACUGAUACCUACGCCGCCCACCGGAGGCGUGGAUAUUAGUGUCCCCAUUAGGAUAUACAUUGAAUACCUGGACAUUGAUGUGGAUUCUGGCGAUUACGUGGUUAUAGGACCCGGCUCUCAGUCAAAGCACCGGGAGUUAAGCAAAACGCAGAUAAUCACCGAAAAUAUUGGCGAAGUUGAUGACUACCAAGAAGUAGUCAUUUAUGCCGAUUCGGUUUAUAUACGUUUAGUGACCCACCAUUCACUGAAAAGGGGAACGACUGAACUGAAGGGAACGGCUCUGAAGUUUAGGUGGUAUGAGUCCAACACCACUGUAACGGACCGUCGGGACAUACCGGUGCUCAAACGCAUUUAA